AUGGAAGUGUCGGGCUCCUCGAAGAAGAUGAUAGCGACGCAGGCUGAGAUGGUCGAGGCUAGGGCUCCAAUCCCUUACCGAGACCUGUGCGCUCACUUGUUGAUCCUUCUUAAUAAGUGUCGCCAAUCAGAGUUCUACCUCCCAUGGAAAUGCGAAAACGAGCGCCAUUCCUACGAGAAGUGUGAAUAUGAGCUCGUUAUGGAGAGGAUAUUUCAGAUGCUGAAGAUCCGUGAGGAGGAGGCCAACUUGAAGAAGGGGAUUAAUCUCAUUCCCAAAACUGCCAAUUUAGAAAAAGAAUUCCUCCCUCAGAUGGCUCAAAGAAUGCUUGGUAUAUCAAAUACGAAAG